CGUAUGUACACGCCAUGAAUAUCAUUUGGGAGCAGAAUUUGGAGGUUGAGGACAACAUGACAUAAGCAAUGACAUAAUGGGCAACUAGCUUGAGAAGCUUGCGCGCUAGUCUGUUUUUGGAACGCUUGAGCUCACCCGUGUGACGACAAAAAGGCUUCAUUGUCAGCAGCGAUAUUAAACACCAACAUACAUAAGUGGACGCCUUUCAUCAAUUGCCCUUUGGCAAUUCUUAAAACUAGUAUCAUCACAGCAUCGUACACAACCAUAUUACAACUUGGUUUAAGAACUUUUGUGCUUUGUCAAUAUGGAGGUGGCUUCUUCCCUUCACCCGCAGCCUACCAAUGGCACAAAUCUCAAUCCCAGCAUGAUAGAUUCCUCCAUGGAUAUCGACAUGGACCUUGAUCUAGGUCCUUUACCAGAACCAGAACCAGAACAUGUUGGAAUUCAGGCGCAAGUUCCAUCAGUUACGGCAGAAGAAGCAGUGGCAAGCUCUCACCUCAACGAGGAGCCUCAGUUUGAAAAGGUUCACAUCCGGGGAGUUGAUGAACUUACCACAGAGGAUCUAAAGCGGUACUCAAGUGAGCAUUUCGUGACAGAAGAACUCACCCGGAUAGAAUGGAUCGACGACACGUCUGCAAAUCUGGUGUACAGCUGUACCGACAUCGGGCUACAAGCGCUGGCUACAUUUUCACAACAAAAUCCCGAGGAGGACCCGUCGCCAUUACAUUCAUUGCGACUACGGACGGCGAAAUCCCUAUCUACACACCCAGAGUCGGUUUUGCAAGUACGAACAGCGGUGAAGACAGAUCGAAAAAGGCAACGAGCCCACGAAUCUAGUCGUUUUUAUCUUAUGCAUCCAGAGCAUGAUCCCCGCGAACGAAUGAGGAGAGAGUUUGCCGACAGACGGCGUAGCGGUCGGCGGGACGAUAGUGAGAGUGAUUACACCAGAAGACGAUUCGAUGACAGGGAACAUAGACGAAGACGGGGUCGUGCCAACGAAGAAAAUCUCAGCGAGAGUAUGUACGAUGAUGACGGGGGCCGGAGUAGAGAGAGGAGCGGCUCAAAUGAAGGCAGGUUGAAUGGAGAUAGAGGUAGAGAUAGAUCGAGACGUGAUAGGCGAGAUACGAUUGAACUUUUUCCUGAUGACGGCCCUGGCUCGUCAGGGCGACUUCGGGAUCGUAGCGCUUCUCCGCUUAGAAUGGAAUUCGACCAAGACUCAACGCUAGAUAGCCGGGAACGGACCCGUAAAUCAUUCAGAAACCGCUCUCCAAGAAACAGCCGAAGCAGAGAUCUAAUGUCACGGGCUAACGAAUACGCUACUAUCGAUGACGGCUCUGGGCGUCCUGAGCUAUUCCCGAAUAAAACAACAUCCAGCUACCUCAAAAGGGAGCUUUUCCCCAAAAAAUCCACCUCGAGCAACCAUCGCCGUUCGGAUGCGUUCGAUGCUGCGGACGAAACCGCAGAUCUAUUUCCUAAACACAUGCCUGUUCCAUUGAUGGAUGGCGCCAGUGGUGGCGAGGCAUCCGGCAGAUCAACAGGUCCGGUUGAAUUAUUUCCAGAUAAAAGUGACAACAAUGGUAUGAGCAUUCAUGUUGCUGCCUCGGAGGACCAGGGGAUCUCUAUACGCGGUGCUGCCCAAGGAAUAUCUAUCAAAGGUGCUGCCUCCGUUAGAGAGCUAUUUCCUUCCAAGUAUAACAGCAAUGAGGGGAAGGAGCUGUUUUCUGACAAGCUUCAAGGCCGAGGGGGCAAGCGUAGGAAAGCGGAGGAUAUGUUCUCCUAAGGGAAUUGACGUUUUUGCUCUUUAUUUCCUCCGUUUGCUCGCGAUGAUUUGAUGAUAGGUCAGAUGUUUGGACAGAUAAAUAUAUUUUUAUUAGUUUUGUUCCUGUCUCUUCCUUUCGCUUUGGGUAGUUAACUAUCAUAUUCCUUCUGGGUCAAUCUGACAUGAAUUUUUUAAUAGAGAGGGUAUAUUAUUAAUUUUUUUAUUUGUAUUUUGGCAAUAAAUCUCUCAGUUCUCCAGUAUGGACAGUGGGUUGUGACGCCAUUUAGUAGAUACAAUAGUUAUUAACAAAGGCAGCACGGGGUGCUUCCAACUUCCAAGCGUGAACCUCCAUUCCCAGAAUCAAAGACUCUUGUCGGAAUCAUACGCAAUUUUCAAGCAAUUUUCAAUACUAUAAUUACGUGGUGGACUUCUAAGCCAGUGGUGGAAGAUGAAUCUGGCAUUUACCAGACUCAUCAAGCGCCUAGCUGCCGAGAAUACGGUAUAAAUAUACAACUAUUUCGCCAUGUUCCGCUUCAUCCUGUCAUGGAAACAAGCCAAAGUUAAAACGG